AUGGCCCAGUUCACUCCUAUUCGAGGCUUCGUGAAUACCCCAGUAUCCAAGUCGAUAUGUAUUAUAUUCACCAUUGCUGCAGUGAUGGUGUCAAUACUCGAAAUCAAGUACUUUUUCAACUUGCAAGUGGAUCCCUUCAUACUUGAAUACUCCCAAUAUUGGCGGAUUGUCAUUUACCAGCUUACAGUAGUGAACGAGUCGGACUACUUGAUUUGUAUCUUGUUGUGGUUCCUGUAUAAGAACCUUGAGAGAUUCUACGGUUCUAGAAUAUACUUGUCGCUUGUCACAGUGCUUGCCUUAUACAAUGCAUUGUGCUGUUUCAUAGUGAUGAGCGUGGGUCAGCUCAUAACGAGGCUAAUUUCGUAUGCCUUGUACGCCAAGCUUGGGUGGAUCUCGGAAGUAGAGGCUUUUGACCAGAUGAUCUUCAACAAAGUGAUCCCUGGCCCAUUGGGCAUAAUCUCGUCGCUCUACAUCUGCUACGGAAAGGUCAUCCCAGUGUCGUACCGUUUCAACAUUGUUUUAAGCGCACCUACCCCGCCAUCGCUUCCAGAAGAUGAUAACAGUAACGAGUUUGAGCUAGAGUCAGAAGAUCUUACAAAGAAUACUAGUAGUCGCGAGUUAACUUUAACCAACCACCUUCAGAUUCACAUCCUCUACACCUUGCUAAUCUUGAAUAACGGGUACCUUUCCAUUAUCCCGUGCAUGGUUGGGUUGUUCUUGGGAAACUUGCAUGUAAACGAACUUUUGCCUGGUGCAAAAUGGACGCUACCAAAUUCAGUGUAUAGGGCCUUUGUACACCCGGUUCAGACAAUAUCCAAACUCAGUGGCUUGUUUGAUAGGAACGUAAAUGGUGGCUACGAGCGCCUCAGUCGUUCCAGCGACUCUCUUGUCGACGAUGGACAAGACCAGGAAAGUGAAGACCAGACCAACAAUGGCGAACAAGUAAUCAGAGCUGAAACACCUGUGAGGCCCUUGGGGAGUCAAUUCUUUGACACUUUCAGGACGUGA